GCGCAUGCACGGCUCAGGGAGCGCACAGCACGGCGAUCGGCAGUGCGCUGUGUCCCUCGGACACAGCGGAUCACCAAUCACGGAAAGAGCUGAAGAUGUCGGCUCAGGUCAUGUGAUCAGCUGUGUCCAAUCACAACUGAUCACAUCCCCAGCAGCGCCACCUGUUAGUGUCCAUCAGUGCCUUGUGUCAGUGCUCAUCAGUGCCUCGUGCCAGUGCCCAUCAGUGCCACAUAUCAGUGCCUACCAGUGCACAUCAAUGCCACAUAUCUGUGCCCAUCUGAGCUGCCUUUCAGUGUCACCCUUCAGUGCCACCUAUCAAUGCCAAUCAGUGCCACCUAUCAGUGCCAGUCAGUGCUGCCUAUCAGUGAGCAUCAGUGCCUUCUAUCAGUGAGCAUCAGUG